CCGUCCCCGUGUCCCAUUAAAGCGACUGCAGCUCAUGCAAGGAUUCGUCCCUACGGCCACGGAUGGCAACAUGGCGACAGAGUUCCACAACCUGCAGGAGUUGAGGCACAGUGCAUCUCUUGCGAACAAAAUCUUCAUCCAGAGAGACUACAGUGAGGGAACCACCUGCAAGUUUCAAACCAAGUUUCCUUCUGAGCUGGAGAGCAGGAUUGAGUGGACACUGUUUGAGGACACUGUGAAGACGCUGAAUAACUACUACGCAGAGGCAGAAAAGAUCGGAGGACAGUCCUACCUGGAAGGGUGUCUGGCCUGCGCUACAGCCUAUCUUAUCUUUCUCUGCAUGGAGACGCGUUAUGAGAAGGUGUUAAAGAAGAUUGCCAAGUACAUUCAGGAGCAGAAUGAGAAGAUCUACGCUCCCAGAGGUCUGCUCAUCACAGAUCCCAUAGAAAGGGGAAUGCGUGUCAUAGAGAUUUGCAUUUAUGAAGAUCGGGGCUCCAGUGGCUCCAGCUCAGGCAGCAGCUCUGUGUCUGGCAGCACUGCCCGAUGACCGGGCUCUUCCCCUUGAUCACCUGGAGGAGAAUCCAGGGCAAAACUACCACUCCCCUCCCAACACUUAGCCCAUACACCCCUAAGCUACGCCUUCACAAAGGAUUCAUUAGCUUUUUUUGUGCUCCUGACCUGCCAUCACAUGCUUAAUUUGUUUAAACAUUUUCACAGUGAAUGUAUAAAACCUG